UCUCACUCGCUCACCGUUCUGGCUGUGUCUCUCAUCCUCUUCCACUCACUCACACGUUUUCUUCCUCCCUCAACCUUUGAAAGAAAAACUCCAACAUGCCAAUUGCCCACUUACUGGAGCUAUGGAAAAAGAUAGAGGUGGAACCCAUGGACACAGAGCCUGCAGUGGAAGAUGCCAGCUUGGAUGAAGAAUUUAGAAGUGAGGAAGAAGGUAUAGUGAAGGAAAUAGACAUCAGUCACCAUGUAAAGGAAGGUUUUGAAAAGGCGGAUCCUUCACAGUUUGAGUUGCUGAAAGUAUUAGGGCAAGGUUCCUACGGAAAGGUAUUUCUGGUGAGGAAGAUCAAAGGAUCUGAUGCUGGCCAGCUUUAUGCCAUGAAGGUACUUAAGAAAGCAACUCUGAAAGUUCGGGAUCGGGUGCGAUCGAAAAUGGAGAGAGAUAUUUUGGCAGAAGUGAAUCAUCCUUUCAUAGUCAAGCUUCAUUAUGCAUUUCAAACAGAGGGAAAGUUGUAUCUAAUACUGGAUUUCCUGCGGGGAGGAGACCUUUUCACAAGACUCUCCAAAGAGGUAAUGUUUACAGAAGAGGAUGUCAAGUUCUACUUAGCUGAGCUGGCCUUGGCUUUAGACCACCUCCAUAGUCUUGGAAUUAUUUACAGGGAUCUAAAACCAGAAAA